CCAGGGGCCGCCGGCGGGGCUGGCUGCGGCGCUGCGCCACUCCUCGCUCGCUGGCCUGCCCGCCCUUGCACCAUGGGCGACCGCCCGGCUUGCGGAGCUGCUGGGCCGGAGAGCGAGAAGAGGUUUUCUUCUGAUGUUGUUGAAAGUGGGUUUAAGUCAAAUGAAGAACCUCUCUUAAGAAAAAAUCCACGUCGAUUUGUCAUUUUCCCAAUCCAGUAUCCUGACAUAUGGAAAAUGUACAAGAAAGCUCAAGCUUCUUUCUGGACAGUGGAAGAAGUUGACUUAUCAAAGGAUCUUCCUCACUGGAACAAGCUGAAACCAGAAGAAAAGUAUUUCAUUUCACAUAUCUUGGCAUUUUUUGCAGCCAGUGAUGGAAUCGUGAAUGAAAAUUUGGUAGAACGUUUUAGCCAAGAAGUUCAGGUUCCAGAGGCUCGCUGUUUCUAUGGCUUCCAGAUACUAAUAGAAAACGUUCACUCGGAGAUGUAUAGUUUGUUAAUAGACACUUACAUCAAGGACCCUGAGAAAAGGGAUUUUUUAUUUAACGCUAUUGAAACGCUGCCUUGUGUCAAGAAGAAAGCAGACUGGGCACUGAGAUGGAUAAGAGACAGAGAAGCUACUUUUGGAGAAAGAGUGGUUGCUUUUGCUGCUGUUGAAGGGAUCUUCUUCUCUGGCGCUUUUGCGGCUAUAUUUUGGCUCAAGAAAAGAGGACUGAUGCCUGGGCUCACUUUCUCCAAUGAACUCAUUAGCAGAGAUGAAGGCCUCCAUUGUGACUUUGCCUGCCUGAUGUUUCAGUAUUUAGUGAAUAAACCUUCUGAGGAAAGAGUAAAAGAAAUAAUUGCCAAUGCAGUUGAAAUUGAACAGGAAUUCUUAACAGAGGCCCUACCUGUUGGCUUGAUAGGAAUGAAUUGCGCUCUGAUGAAACGGUAUAUUGAGUUUGUGGCAGACCGGUUGCUUCUGGAGCUGGGCUUCUCCAAGGUCUUUCAUGCUGAAAACCCCUUUGACUUCAUGGAGAACAUUUCACUGGAAGGAAAAACCAAUUUCUUUGAGAAGAGGGUUGCAGAGUAUCAGCGCUUCGCAGUGAUGUCUGAAAUGAGCGAUAAUGUUUUCACUUUAGAUGCUGACUUCUAGUCUUAUGUGGGGGCGGAAUCUAGCUGAAAAUGUGCAUUCACUGGUUUGCUGCAAAAGUCUGUUUCUUCAACUGGAUAUAGAGUGUUCUGGGAAAAUGUUUUCAUGUUUCACAUCAUUAUUAUAUGGUGUAUUUAUUGCAAAUAGUGAUGUAAAGAGUUUUUUUGUUUACUCUCUAGCAGUAUAUCUGUUAAGAAACAAAAUUAGUUUAAAUUUUUGAAUUUUGUACAGCUUGUACAAUAUGUACUUUUAAAACUGUACAUAAAUAGACAUUUGUCUUUAUAUUGGGAUUAGGUACUUAUAUCUUGAACCACAGGAUUGUUGUUGUUAAAUGAUAUUUUGGCACUUCUGAAUGUAUUAUGAAAUUAUAUAUGAUAUUUUGUA